AGCGAUAAAGCAAAACACGUACGAAUGCAAUAAUCCAUAUUAAUCAGUGCAACGAUCCAGAACACAUUUAGUGCAAAAAACCUGUGUACGGGGUGGAGCAAAAUGCGUUCCAUUCCGCAGCUGUUGUUGCUGCUAUCGACGGCUCUGGUUCUCCUGUCGGCGGCGGUCCAUUCCGAGGAGCAACCGAAUAAUGCCGUCACCGAAGCUGAAGUAACCACCGCAAACACCAAUGGCCAGGCGGAUGAAGCGGAGGAAGAAGUGCAGAACCGUUUGACCACCGGGCUACGCUUGGAGCAUGAGCUAGUGAAGGAACAGGCCGAUGCUCCUUCGACAGUCAAUGGAAGCAGCGAAGGUGGUAUCGUUGCCAUACACGUUGAUGCAGUUGGUGGUAAGGAGCAGCUGCGUCCAUCAUUGCGCGGACUUACGUACCUUGCCACAACGUUCCUACCGCGCGAAUAUAAAUUCAUUGAAAUUCUUUCGGCCACUCGCGAAGUGGUGGCUGGUGUGCGGUACGAGCUGACGGCAAGCGCCGUAGAUGAAACUACCGGGGAGAAGCAUAUUUGCCAGCUGGUGAUCCUCGAGAAGCCCUGGAUCACGACGGAAUAUGGAGAGAAAUAUCGUACCCUGGAGUACACGAACUGCAGUAGCUUGUCGUCGACGCAAACUUCGACGGAAGAAACAGCUACUAGGCUUAAUCCCAUAUUUGACUCCAAUUUACGCCAAAAUGAAGAACUAACCCCACAGCGGAUGGAAGAGCUCGAGCAGCAGAUCGUUGUGGAAAAGGUGGAAAUGUUGGAAAUAACAUCCGCACCAUUAGCCAAUGAAGGACAAGAAUCUCCAGUUACAGAUAGCUCAAUCGCAUCCACCACAACCACCGAGAGUGAAGGUUUAAGCGAUGCGGCGAAAAGCGCCAUUGAUGAACUGUUUAGCUUUGCUAGUGCUCCCCUUCAAAAUGCCAAUCGACAUCUUGCUCAGCAGGAAGGUGCUGGAGGUGCUAGAGAAGUGAUCGAAGAAACGAUCGUACCAAUACGGAUCGUAAAAGAUCGUGCAGAAGUACCGGAUAUGGUAACAACACCAACCACUACUAUUACUCCGAUAGCACCGUUGGAUCAGCAAGUACAAUCGACAUUCGAAGAAGUAUUCAAAACUCACCAGGAAAUACAGAAAGCGCUCGAUGAGGUGAUUGCAAAUGGUGGAGGCCGUGAUGUACAGCUCAAGUACAGGCCAGUGUUUGAUUCGUUGCUGCAGAAAGUGAAGGCCAGUAUCGACAGCUACUACCGCACCACAAAUGGUGGCGAUGCGAACGUCGAUACGGCUGCAUUUGUAGUGCGUGAUAAUACGAAUGUGGGACCGAGCGGUGCGCGAGGUAUGGUAUCGCCGCCACGUACCGAAACAUCUGCCAGAAAUGAUGACCAAUCCUCACAAGAAAGUGACGAAGGACAGCAGAGGCCAUUGUUCCCGAGUGUAAACCUGAAACCUUUCAGAGUCGAUCCGGCAAAGGUGUAUGGAACCAUAUCGGAAGAAGAUAUGGAGAGUCAGCAGGUGCUUACCAGGGAACAGUUGGCGAAGGAACUGAAUGACGAUGAAGGUCUGCAGCGUGUAAAGAAACAUUCGUUAUUAAAGCGAAACGUUCGCAGAACCAAACGUGAAACUGUGGACGGGCAGACAGAGGCAGAUGUUGUUGAAAGUACGACUACAAACGAGGUGGAGAAUGAAACUGUAACUGCUGUAGCUGCUACUGAUGCUGAUGCAGACACUAAUGUGCCGACGACGGUGGAGAAUGUUAAAACCGAUGUUACGACUGCAUCUUCUGUGCCGUCAGUAAAUUCUACAACUGCAAAAGGCACAGUCGUUGCUAAUGAUCCCAGUACAUCGUCUUCCGCUUCCAAGGAAAGCGAUGAAGUAAAGCCCAUAAAGAAGAUCAAUAAUGUGAAAGCGUCGAGCGAAUCUAGCGAGGAAAAUGAUGAUAAGGACGAGAAGCUCUCCAAGAAAGAACUUGCCCGACAGCUAAACGCAGACGAAGGGCAGCGACGGGACAAGCGAGACUUUUCCGGUGGAUUCUCUGGAGGAAGUUUCGGUGGUUAUUCUGGCGGUAGUUUCGGCGGCGGUUCUUACAGCGAUGGUGGAUACUAUGGAGGGGGUUACUACGGUGGGGGAUAUUACGGCGGGGGAGGAUAUUACAAUCCUUAUCGUAGACGACAUUACCGUCCUUCGCCGUACUACUAUGGUCACUAUCGCGGAAAGCGUAGCGCUCUCACGGAAGAUAUGCCGGUGGACGUAAACGAACAGGAAACUGUAAAAUCUAACCAGCAGGCACCAAAGAUCGAGCGGGUAAUGAUGGCUUUCGGUGAAUCGGCCGAAGAGGAGGAUCAAGUGUUGAACAAGGAACAGCUUGCCGAGCAGCUGAAUGCGGAUGAUGGAUACCGUCGGGAUAAGCGUGGAUAUUUAUCGUCGCACCCUGCGGACUACGCACAAUACCGUGGAAAACGAACUACAAACACGCCCGAUAGUAAUCUGAUUGAUCUGGAUGAUCCUGCACAAGAGGCAUCCAUGAAAGUGAUCGCGACUCAAGCGAUCCAACGCUUGGACGAGAUGGAUACGGAUCCAUACCAGCGAAUGUUGCUGGAAGUGCUGGACGCCCGGAAAGUGUCACAAAGAUCCGACAAAAGUAGGACAACAUACGUUCUCAGUGUACUAACAGCCAACUCACGCUGUGCGGAAGAGGAGAGCAAAAUUCCGGAGUCUUGUCGCGAGCGACUGAUAUCGGACACCACUAAACAGUGUACCCUUGAGGUACAUGUGUUGAAAGGGAAUGCGGAUGAUUCUCAACAGGUACAAUUAACUAAAUCUAAAUGUCAAAAACAGUCCAAUAAUUUAGGUGACAGACUCGUCGGAGGAGCAACUCCAGUGGACCUGUCCAAACCGGAGCAUCAGGAACGCGUACGGCUGGGUUUGGUUGGAUACGAGGAUGGAAAGCAUAGCAACUUUGAGAUACUGUUCGGCACGGUUCAGGUCGUGGCAGGUACCAUCCACCGUUACAAGAUCGCACUGAAAGAUGACGACCAGCAGGUGUACAGCACGUGUGACGUGAAGGUGUUUACGCCGCUACCAUCCGCCGCAAGCGGUGACAAACCCGAGUAUGAUUUCGAUUGUGCCGAAAACACGGACGAAGAGAGCAGCCGUCGCCGGCGCCGUGAUGUUGAGGCCGCACCGAAGAAACUGAACAAGGUGCGGAAAGCGGGCGGUCCCCAGGAGCUAACGCCGGAGGAGUACGCUAAGGAGGAACAUCAAAAACGGGUUCGCACCGGUCUGCAGCAGCAAUCGGCACUGGUCGAUGGUGCUGGUAACGAGCGUAAGGUGAAGAUUGUUGGCGCAACCAUGCAGCUGGUGGCAGGUAAAUCGUACACCUACCGUUUAAUCUUCCCGGACGAUGAGUUGAAACGCGUCUGCAAGCUGACCGUGUGGGAGAAGCCCUGGUUGAUGGAGAAAGCGCCAGAAGAAGCGUUUAAAUCAUCGCUGGAAUGUCCAGACACUGUGAAGCGUGCGAAGCGCGAUUCUUACUGUCAGGGCUGUGCCUCACCAUUGCCUGCCGAGGAGUAUGGUAACACCGAACAUCAGCAGCGUAUCGAUAAGAUUCUUUCAUCUCAUGGACUUACCCGUGGAAACUCAUUGAAGGUUAUUAACGCCACUAGCCAGGUUGCUGCCGGUAUGGUGUACGUUUACUACGUCCAGCACAACAGUGCUGUCUGUAAACUGACGUCCUGGGAGCGUGUCUGGUUGGAAAAAUCGCACCCUAAAGAUGCUUACAAGUAUACGUACGAAUGUGAAAAGGCAGCUACUGCAGCCCCGAAGCCGGCUCGCACACGUCGCUCGGUAGGAGCUCUAGGUGGAUCGCGUUCCCUGUCAAAGGACGAGCUGGUGGCCACCGAGCACAUUGAGCGUGUGGAUAAGAUUUUGGUAUCGAACGGUGGAACGAAGGAAUCGUCUAAUGCCCGGAUUGUUAGCGGAACCGUACAAAUUGUAGCCGGUAAGCUGUACAAGUAUGCUGUCGAGUUUAACGUGGAUGGAAGUACUAAACUCUGUAAACUAUCGUCCUGGGAACGUCCAUGGCUCGAGGAGAAAGAUCCAGAAGAAGCGUACAAGUAUACCGUGUCCUGCCCGGAUACGGAAAAGGAAGCAACCCGUCAGCGACGACACGCCAAGAAAACUGGCAGUUCCAACGAAUUGACUGCCGAAGAGCUGAAGGAUAAGUCGCACAUCGAGCGCAUUAGAGCCGGAAUGGUUACAUACAACUCGGAACGAUCCAAAGCAUACAACGAAUUUGAAAUUUUGGCCGGAUCAACGCAACAGGUCGCUGGUUCGCUGUACAAGUACACCUUCCGCGUAACGACCGAACCCGACACGGUGUGCAAAAUUUCCAUCUGGGAACGGGUGUGGUUAGAAUCGCAAGACCAGCGUAAGUACAACGUUAAAUGUACCGGAGAUGACGACACGGAACAGCAGCCAGAUGUGAAAAGCUCUGCCCAGCAGGAAGCCUCCACAGCAGCUACGACGGUACUAACGCCAGCAAAAAAGCGUCGUUCGGUACGAUCGCUCAAGCUCGAUGAUCAUGAGCAUGUGCGAACACAGUUUGCAAAGUUCGUGCAUCAUCAUCGCCGGCGGUACGGAAGCUCGAUGGAGCACGAGAUGCGUUUUAACAUAUUCCGCAACAAUCUGUUCCGUAUCGAGCAGCUGAACAAGUUCGAACGCGGUACGGCAAAGUACGGGGUGACCAAGUUUGCCGAUAUGACGCUGGCCGAGUACCGGGCACACACGGGUUUGGUCGUGCCGAACCGCGUGGACGACAACCGUAUCCGCAAUCGCGUUGCCACGCAGGAAGAUGUGGCUGAUGUCCGCGAUUUACCGAGCUCGUUCGACUGGCGUGAUCUUGGUGCUGUGACGGAGGUUAAGAAUCAGGGCAGCUGUGGUUCGUGCUGGGCUUUCAGUGCCAUCGGAAACAUUGAAGGGCUACAUCAGAUUAAGACCAAAAAGCUGGAAUCGUACUCGGAACAGGAGCUCAUCGAUUGCGACAAGGUGGAUAAUGGAUGCGGUGGCGGUUACAUGGAUGAUGCUUUUAAGGCAAUUGAGACACUGGGCGGUUUGGAGCUGGAAGACGACUAUCCGUACGAGGCGAAGGCACAAAAGACGUGCCACUUUAACAAAACGCUCAGCCACGUGCAGGUGAAGGGUGCGGUUGACAUGCCCAAGAACGAAACCUUCAUUGCGCAGUAUCUGGUCAAAAAUGGACCGAUCGCCAUUGGGCUGAAUGCGAACGCGAUGCAGUUCUACCGCGGUGGUAUAUCGCACCCGUGGCAUCCGCUGUGCAGCCACAAAUCGAUCGAUCACGGUGUGCUGAUCGUGGGCUACGGUGUAAAGCAGUAUCCGAUGUUCAACAAAACGCUACCGUAUUGGAUCAUCAAGAACUCGUGGGGACCGAAAUGGGGCGAACAGGGCUACUACCGUAUCUAUCGUGGCGAUAAUUCUUGUGGCGUCAGCGAAAUGGCAUCCUCGGCCAUUAUAGCAUAGGUUGGAUUGUGCGUUUGUGUGCAGUUUUUUUUAAAUUUUUUU